AUGAUCGAGCGGGGCGCCACGAGGAUAGGGCUCAACAACGGAGGCCUGACGCCCUCGCAGCUGAACGGCAGCACGGCGAAGUUCGUGCAGCUGUUCAGCAAGAUGCUCGGCAUUUCGUUGGGGUGCUUCGCGGGCAUGCUGCCGCUGGUGUUCCUGUCUCCGCCGAAGGUGGAGUUCACGUACGAGGACCUUCAGGUGUACAACGCCACAUUCGGCCCGAACGGGGUCACCACGCAGCAGUUCGCGGACAUGAUGGAGAGCGCGGCCGGCGGCGCCGUGCCGCGCCCGGGGACGUCAUCACCGAGGCUGGCGCGCCGCGCACGAUGGUGA